CCCCCAUUCUUCUCUCUCUCUCUCUCUCUCUCACCACACGCGGUGUCUGAAUACGUCUCAUGGUGACGGAUUUCACCGGCGAUUUCACUAGAUCGACGGAUUUCACCGGCGAUUUCACUAGAUCGACGGAUUUCACCGACGAUUUCACUUCUCAGAUCUGUGAAAUUUUAGGGUUUCUUUCUCCGGCGAUUCCGACAUCAGAUCUACUGGGUUCAACAUCCCGGUAUGUUGUUUCUACUGAAUCUGGAGUAAUGACGGCAGAAACCGGAACAUACAGGUGGAUGGCACCCGAGGUAAAAGCUGGCGUGGAAACUCAAAUUGAUUUCGUUAAGUCACUUGCUUUUGAAGCAUGUGUUGCUUUCUUUACAGACAUACAAGUUGAUUUCGUUAAGUCACUUGCUUUUGAAAUUGAUGUAUAAAUACAUGAAAUUGAGGGAGAAAAAGCAACUGCAGGACUCGCUUCCAAAGCAUGCUGAACCAGUUCAUAUAAUGAGUUGUUUUAGGGGUUUUUGAUAUUUGUUAAAAAACAAAUAAUUGGUUAUUUGAAAUUGGUUCUUUUUCAAUGUGGUUUUUUGCAACAUUGUUUAACUUCAUUACGAUUUAUUCUCUUUUAGGAUUCCGUUUGUAAGAGUGUA